AUGAUCAAAUUAUGGGAUGCGAUUGAUGAGGGUUUUUGCGAAGAAACAAUGGUUGCGAUAAGAAUUUAUCAUGGAAGCGAACAGUCACAACAAUUCUCACAAAUCUAUCCACUUCCAAUUGUGCCAUCAUCUUACAUAAUUGAUUUAUCUGGUCAGCCGCUUGAUGUAAUAACGAUAAAUGAAUCGAUGGAUGAUGUCGUUUUCAUGAGUCAUUUAAGAAGUGCUUGCGAGGCAGCUCAUCUGGGCGAUCGAAUCAAAGCAAAGAAUGUGGCGUCAUCUUCUUCAUCAUCAAAACAAGUGGACAGUGCUGAAUCUGGUGACAGUAAAACUCAACGACCAAAAGAAGAGGCAACUGAAUUGAAUGAGAAUUCAUCAGAUGCGAUGGCCGCUGAAGAGAAAGCAAAAAGAGCACGUGAAUUACUGAAACAAAAGCACGCGGCAGAGGAGGAACGAAAAAAGAAGGAAGAGCUGGAAAAAGAAAUGGAGAGAAGGAAUAUGGGAAAAUUGCUGAGUGACGCGAAGUCGGCCAGAGAAGAGAAAGAAAUUCGUGAGUUGGCUGAAAAAAGACGUCGUGAUAAAAUCGAGGCCGAGCAGCAGUUGAGACGACUGCGAGAGCAGAUCAAAGCCGACAGGGAGGAACGUCAAAGACGAAAUGCACCUGAAGCGAAUGUAUGCGGCAUGAAUAAAUCAGAUGAAAAUAAACCAUUAUUACAGCAACCUAUUCCGAGUUCUGAAUGUCGCAUUCAAUGCAAGUUUCCGGAUGGUUCAACACUGGUUCAUCAGUUCGCAUCAUCCAGCAAAUUCAGCGAAUUAAUCGAACUCAUCAAACAGGACGGUCGACAGAAGGAAGAAUUUUAUUUGGUUCAGAUGUAUCCUCGUCGUGAAUUUCCGGAUUCAAAUUCAUCGUUUCUGGAACUUGGUUUGACGCCAUCAGCAACAAUUCUCGUUGUUACGGUUGCUUCUUUUUGCUUCUAUUCUUUCAUUCAGAUUUCAUCAAAACACUGCACACAGACUGAUUUAAUCUGCACACGAGAGGCACAUCUCGUCUGGCGUGUAUAA